AUGUACCCCGCGGCUCGGCUUUCCUUUCCACGGGGUGGGGCGAAGGCUCACCACUGGAGACCCGGUGGCGGCGGCUCGGAACUGACUCACGACUCCGUCUGUGCCGCGAGCCGCUUCCGCCCGCUGCUGCGCUUCCCACACACAGAGUCGAAUCACUAUUCGCCGUUUCCAGGAACACAGCGCCAGGCCGCCUCGACAUCGGUUUCAGCCUCGGCAGGUCACCUGCCUGCGCAGACACACGAUGAGUCCGCGCAACCCCUGUCAACCGGGGACCCUGGGCGGUGCCACCGUUGCCGCUGGCUUCGGGACUGGCUGCAGGACAUGCCUCACCUUUCCGCGGCGAACCUCCGCGACGCGGUGAGUGCAUCCCACCUACUCGUCGCGACCCCCCCUUCGCCGCGCUUCUUCGAAGCUGGACGCAGGCAUCGCCACUUUUCUGCCCUCUCUUCUGCCGCGUCCGUCGCAACCGCUGAGGCCACCGCGUCGUCUCCUGCGCCAACCGGCCGCGCACACUCUCCGUCAGGCGCAGACUCGAGCACAGCCCCAGAGGGACGGACCCGUCUCUCCGUGUCUGCAGGUGGGAACGUGCUCGAGGCGGGCGGCGACCCGCAUGCGGCGGGCAGGCCCGCCGAAGAAAGCUUGGGAUCUCUUCGGGCGUCUCGACCCGGGUGCGCGGCGGUUGACCAGUUCCACGUUGAUGAUCCUGAGACGGCUAGAGACCGGGAGACCCUUCCUCGGGCUCGCGACGCCGCGGUGGUCGGGUUUCCCCCUGUGAGUACGGGCUGUGGCAGCAGAGGUUUUAUCUCGGAGGCGAAGGCCGAAGAACUCUUGUUGGCGGAAGGUUCACAUUUGGAUAAGUGCGUUGGAGGCUUUGAAGGGGCCUGGGAGGUCUUGGAGCACGUCUCCAGGCAGCAGGGACCAGCGCACGCCCCGGGUUCGGUGGUCGCGUUGCGUGCUCCAGGGGCGCCCACGCAGACGCGGGCGAACUCUGAUGGCAAGGCACAGACGACUCUCGCGGGCGGGCAUGAGGGCGCACUGAGCGCCGCGCCAGCUGCGUCUUCCACGGGGGGGCUUCUAGAAUCGGCUGUGGGAGAGGCUGUGCAGACCAAGCACCGGUGCUCGCUCGCGGAUCGAGAGUUACGUGCCUGCCUCGAAGAUAUUGCUCAGCACAGUUUCAAAGACGCGGACGGCGUGGCGGGGCGGCGCGAAGACCCAGGCCCCUCCGGGGGCGCUCUGCGAGGCAAAGCAGGCCACACAGACGCCGACCAAGAGGCGCCGUCGUUUGGGGUCUCCGCGCUGCUUCUUAACUGCUCCCUGGGGCUGCCACGCGGAGAGGUUGUGUUUGAUCUCCUCCCCGACGGCGAACCCCUCUGGAAACGACUCGCUAGACUCCCGGAAGGCAUCGGCUCUGCCUCCGGCUGCGGGUCCUCCAAGGCAGCCUCCGCUUCACAAGGCUUCCACGCAGACUUUCAACGAGAGCUGGAUCGAAUUUCCGACACGCGAGGUCCGCCGGGCAACUACGAAAACUUGCUCAUGCCGAUCUUCUACAGGGGUGUGGCACACUCCAGGACUGCGGAGACUCGCCCGGCUGCUGAAAAUGGAGCGAGCGCACACGCCGACGGUCGCUGGCUGGACAGCGACUGUCCUGAGAAGGGUCUCUCAGAUACCAUCUUGUUUUACCCUAUUUUUUCGGCAGGGUCUUCUAUCCGAGCGCUCCUCCCUUUCUUGGCGAGCGGCUGCGCUCGUCUCGGCUCCCGGUCAGCAAGACAGUGGCGAGGAGCCGCAGGGGACGCGUCCGCUGCACACUGUCCCUCUCUCAGGCCCCGUUCCGCGCCCCCGUCACCGGCACCGAGCUCAUCUCCUUGCGCGAAAGACUUCCUGAGUCCUUUGCUGGGCCGACUAGCGUGUUUGGAGCCCACAGAAAACCUGUUCCUGUUGCUGGCCUUGUCGGCGAUCCCGGCGCGCUUCAGCGGCUUGCCGCCGUCUCCGCGGUGGCAACCGAACAGGCGCACCGCGGCGGUGGCGGCACGUGUCGUAGGACAGAAAAGCCCCUGCACUUCAGAGCAGACGGAGAGCGCCGCCGACUCUGCGGGCGUAGAGCGGCUUGGAGACUUCUCCGACGCGUUUCGUCGUAUUGUCCGGCGUGGGACGGACAGCCUCCCGAGCCUCCAUCCUCACCUAAUCCUCGACGUGCUUUCCGUCUGCUUGCGCGUCUCGCGGCUGAGCGGGGCGCUGCAGGUUAUGCCCGCGACGGGCAGGCACACGGAGGAGCCGUGGCGCAUGCGGCGCCCUGCUCGGUGGGAACAGCAGGUCUCCCCCUCUUCGGAAUUCGCCCUCGUUCUGGAGGCGUUGUUUCCCAGAGUGGUGGCGCUCGCCGCGCCGCACCGCGAGGAGAGCGACGCAGAAGCGCCAGAGCUCUGGCGCGAUGCAGGGGCCGAGGAACCUUCGACUCCGAGGCCAGACGGGCAUCAUGUGGGGCCGCAGUCUGCCGAAACAAAUGUCUCUCCGUUGGAGUUGCCGAUAAGAUCUGUCGUGACUUUCAUCGCAAUUCUUAGGAGUAUACGAGGCCACUCUCGUCUGCCAGAGCAUUUGGGCGACGCCAUGACCCGGCUGACAGACUACUGCUGCGCGCGGAUCCAUCAGCUGUCUGCCGCCGACGUCACCAACCUCGUCUCCGCGCUGAGUCCGCGAAGCGAGGACAAACACGUUGCUGCUUCGGAUGAGUUCUCCCUGUUUCUGCUCGCAAAGUGCAUUCAAGAACGGCCUGAACGGUUGAAGCCUGCUUGGGUGACACUGGUGAUCGACGCCUACACUCGCGCAGGGCUGGAGGAUUCUCUGUUCUACGAGUCGCUCAGCGAGCAAGUAAAGUGCCAGUUCGCGGAGUUCACCAGCAACGAGCUGGUGACGAUUCUCAGCGGUCUGCAGAGGGUUCGAUUCCGAGACGAGGAGCUGCUCACGAAGGUGUUCAGCCGUCUGGAGCGUGACGCGGCAGCGGAGCUGCAGGCGGUGCCAGUAUGCUCGGAUCUUUCUCGCUGGGCGGCGGCGUGCGGUGCGCCGGCGUGCGGAUCGCCGCAUCAGCAGUACAUGUUCUUCUCUAGGGGUUCAGGCAGGGUGCCUCGACUGCCCUCACGAGCCGUUCUCCAGACAGCCAUCAACACCGCAGGCCUCCUGAACUUUACGCUCUUUCCCCUCCGCCACCUGUGGAGUCUGUACUUGAAGCAUCUUCACGAGGAGGUGUCGGAGCUCGAGAGGUGCAUCCAGGCGUCUGCUCUGAAGCGCAAGGCCCUUAUGCACGAUGUCUCCGCCCUGGUGCCGCAGGUCGUGCUCCAGCAACCACUUGAAGCGGCAAGGUUUAUCGACCUCUGGCUGCGCUUGUGUGCCCCAGUCCUGGUGGGCGAAAUGAAGCAGAGACUCGGCGCGCCUGCACAGCGCCACCGACUUCUGUGCGAGGCGUAUGCGGCUGGACUGUUGCCGCCGACAAUCGACACUGCUGGACGAAGAGAGGGACUGGAGCGAGUUGAUGAGGCGCUGCAGCAGGCCACGGCGGGGCAUGACCGAGAUUCCUGGGCGCCAGAAUCCUCGACGUUUCACGUUGACGUCGCCUCUGCGUUACUCUGCCUCAGUGUCCGGUACGAAGCCGAGGUUCGCGUCGCGAGGCUGUUCAUCCUCGAUCUCAUCGUGACGCUUCCUCCGGAACUCGAGCGCGCAUUUGCAGCCGAGAAACAUGCUCGAUACAUCGAGGUGACAGGACUUGAAGCUGACUCUGGGCACGAGGCGGAGGCCGGGCGGAGCCACGACGUCACCAGCCUUGACAGCACAAGUUACCUUGAUUGCGUAGAAAUAAAGUACUCCACAAGCAGCCAUGCGGCGGACUCCGAGGGACUUCGGGCGGCAAUCGGCGCUCCGAUUUAUGCGACUGACUUCCCCGAAGUUGAGGGCUUCUCCGCGUCCGACCCCCGCGCCCCACACGAGCCUUUCGCCGACCACGGCCUGGGCUGUGUGCCGAUCGAUCUCCGCCACCUGGGCAGUAAACGAGGCCUGUCUCCUGGGCGUCAGCCGCCGGUCCGCGAGAAAGCUGCACGCGCCGCCGUCCCAGCGGAGCAAAAACCUUUCGAGGAGUACUGGAUGCCACGCCGAGGGCCUGCGCGGCUGAAAACGCUCGUAGCACAGGGGUUGUCUACGCAGGCAGAGGAGCCUCGACAGUCUCUGGAAACGCUGAGUGAGCGUUUACGCAUGCCAAGCUGCCCACCGGCUCCGCAUGACGCGGCGGGCGCGUUCGCGGCGUGUCCAGGUGGGCGGGGAUCUUGGAUUCUCCAAGGCGACCACGCAGCCGCAGAAGUCACCAGCCCAAGGACCAGGCAGGACCUGGAUGGCGCGCCAGUGCCUGAGCUCCACACGAGCCCGUCGGCGCGAGAGGCCGCACGCCACAUCGAGGACCCGUGGAGUGUGAGGGAGAGAAAGAAAAAGGAGUUGCCUUUCGAAAGCCCCGCUGAGUGGUGA